AUGAGCUCCUACUUCGUGAACCCGCUCUUCUCCAAGUACAAAGGCGGCGACUCCCUGGAGCCGCCCUACUACGACUGCCGCUUCCCGCAGAGCGUGGCCCGCGGCGCCGCCGUUCUCUACGGGCCCGGCGGCGCCGCUCCGCCCUUCCAGCACCCCUCGCACCACGUGCAGGAGUUUUUCCACCACGGAGCCGCCUCGGGCCUCUCGGGCUCGCCGGGUUACCAGCAGAACGCGGGCUGCGCGCUGGCGUGCCACGCCGGCGAUGCCUCCAAGUUCUACGGCUACGAGGCGCUGCCGCGGCAGGCGCUGUACGGAGCGCAGCAGGACGCGCCCGCGGUGCCCUACGCGGAUUGCAAAGGAGCCGGAGCGGGAGGAGGAGGAGGAGGAGGAGGAGGAGGAGGAGGAGGAGGAGGAGGAGGAGGCCUCGGGGCCGAAGGGCAAGGCGGGCACCUGGGGCAGAGCGCGGCGUCGCCCAGCCUGAUGUUCCCGUGGAUGCGGCCGCACGCGCCGGGGCGGCGCAGCGGGCGGCAGACGUACAGCCGCUACCAGACGCUGGAGCUGGAGAAGGAGUUCCUGUUCAACCCGUACCUGACGCGCAAGCGCCGCAUCGAGGUCUCGCACGCGCUGGGCCUCAGCGAGCGCCAGGUCAAGAUCUGGUUCCAGAACCGCAGGAUGAAAUGGAAAAAGGAGAACAACAAGGACAAACUGCCCGGGGCCGGCCGGGGCGACGAGGAGAAGGCGGAGGAGGAAGGCGGCGAGGAGGAGGAGAAGGAGGACGAGGACAAGGACGAGGGCAAGGAGCCGGCGGCGCCCUGAGCGUUCGCGGCGCCCUGAGCGCUUUGGGCGCCAUGAGCGUUUGGGGCGCCCGGAGA